AUGGAGGCCCGCGCGCGACUGCAAGGAAUCUUCACGACGGGGGGCGGCGACGCCAGCAACGACGCGCUGCGCUACAGCGCGCCCAAGGAGCCGACCAAGGCGGCCGCGGCUCCGGCGGCGGCAGCGCCAUCUUCGUCGGGCGGCGAGGCGCCGACCAUUAUCUUUAGCGCCGCCGUCCAGCUCCACAAGUACGACCUCAUCAAGAAGGAGUAUGCGGCGAGCUACCCGAAUGUGGGCUGCGUCAUUCUCGGCAGCAAUGCCACGUACUCGGUGCUCUUUUACAAGACGCAGAAGGAGCAGAUCUCACUCUCGCCCGUCACGACGACCUUCCGCGCGACGCUGCAAGCCAACGGGUACGUCAACCUGUACGACGCGGUCGGCGACAACUACUCGGCGCGGUUCGCAUCCGAGACCGAUGCGCAGUCGUUCAUUCGGACGCUCUUCCUCACAAAGAUCCACGUGGGCAUCUGGGGCCAAGGCCAGUUUGGCGCGAUCGCGGCCGAUGCGCUCACCAAGGAAGAGCUCUCGGCGAUCGAUGGCCGCGUGAUUGCUGACGGCGACACGGUCGGUGUCGCCUUUAGCGUCUGGCGCAUCGUCGGCAACGCGGGCUGCUCGCCGCUCGACGUCGUGACAAAGUACCCGCCCUUUGAGAAGGCGACGUCCACAAGCGACAUGCGCAAGUUCCGCAUUGGCGACAAGGCCGAGCGCAUCGCUGCGCUGGAAGAAGGCACGCUUGGCAUGAAGAAGGCCGGGUCGCGCAUCCUGCUGGCCCCGCCCGCAAAGACCAAUGGGAAGGACUGGUACAUCUUGCAGAUCGAGGUGCUCAAGAUCAAGUCGGAGCGAGGUGACGAGGCGCCGCCGCGCCGUCGGGCAACUGCCCCUUCGACACCUGCGCCCGCCGCUGACCCAACGCCGGCACCGGCGUCGACGAGCGCGCCGCCCGCGCGGGACCUCGUGCCGUACGCGGACGACACGACGUCGGCGCUCGAGACGCAGCGCCAAGCCCUCAAGGACAUGGAAGCCAAGAUCGCCGAACUAAAAAAAGAGGCGGCGCAAAGCAGCAUGCCGCCGCCAUCGAAUGGGUCUCCGUAUGCGAUGCCGCCGAGUAUGUAUGCAUCUCCGUACAUGCCGCCGCCGACCGCCGGGUACCAACCGUGGGCCAUGGCGCCGCCCGUCGCGACCGGCGGAAAGCCCCUCGACCUCAUGCUCAUGGAACUGCACACCAAGGUCGACCAUUUGAUUCGCAUUGCGCCGAAUGCCAACGCGUCAUCGUCAUCGAGUCUUCUCGGCCUCAACGAUGCGACGAGCACCCUCCGCGGUGUCGAGCGGCUCGUGGGCGAGAACGACCGACUCUUGAGCCAGCUCAACCUCCAAAACCAGCAGUUCCAGAGCUACGAGUCCAAGUACGACGAAGCGCAGCGGGCGGUCGCCAAGCUCCACGCGGAGAAGGCGCAGUGGAAGGACCAGCUUUCGCUGCAGCAAGCCGAGGCCGCCAACUUGGCCGCGGCGCGGGAUGCGGCACUCACGCAAGCCAGCCGGUUGCACCAAGAAGUACAGCAGUUGCGCUACGCGUUUUACCAAAAGCAGCAGUCGACGUCCGACUCGGAGACACGCGAACAAGAGCUGACCUUUGAGAAGGACGCGCGCAUCCGCGCCGAGACGGCGCUCAAGCACGAGACAAUGGCGCGCUCGAUGCUCGAGCAAGAAGUUGGCCUCCUCAAGAAGCAAACCGCCAACUUGACGUCGCUCCACGAGUCGGAAGUCCACUCGCAAAAGCUCAGCCUCGAGCGCGCGUUGGCGCAGGCCGCCGAGACCCACAAACAAGAGAUCGACGGUCUCUAUGCGGCCUUUGAGGCUGAAAAGGCCACGUGGUCGGCUCCGCCUGUGAACAACGACCUCCAAGCCGCGUACGACGAGCUCCGCGACCACUACGAGGCGCUGCAGACCGACGUGGCCCGGCUCAAGACCGCCAACAGCGCGCACGCUGCUGAAGUCGCCAACCUCGAAGCCGAGAAGAGCCUUCGCAUGCAGCGCAUCACCGAACUCGAGGAGCUCCAAACAUUCACGGCCUCGGCGCGCGAGCAGGAAGUGCGCGCACUCACCGACCAGGUUCAAGCGCUCGAGGCUCAACUGCGCGACUUGCCGGGCGGGCCCCUCCCGGACGGUGCCUGCGCGACGUGCGCCUCGACCGACGCACGGUUGGCGGCAGCCGCGGCCAAGGAAGACGCGGCCGCGACCGCCCUCGAGGAAGCCGAGGAGCUGCGCCGGGAAGCCCAAGAGCUGCUGACGUCGUCAGGCCCGUCGUCGUCGUCAGCGAACGUCGGCGAGCUCUUCAAGGACGUCGUGAACGACAUCUUCUUCCGGUUCCAGGACGUCUUUGAAGAUGAAGUGUCGUUGGACGGCAAUCAAGUGCUAAAGGACAUCAAGAAGAUCCUCAAGCAGAGCACCAAGGAAGUGCUCGCCAAGAUGGAGACAUCGGAAUAG